AUGAAGUGCCGUGAAGAUGAUCCUCUCCCUGUUCCACAUGAGUGGUAUCAGCCGGGUGGCCUCGUCAUUGGUGGGAUUGCUACUCAGAUUUUUUAUAGUUUUGAUGAGCUUUUAUUCAAGGAAUAUCCUGCUCAGAAGCUCUUUGAGAUUCCACAUGUAGUGACAAAGUUCUACCAGCACACCCUUGCCUUGACAUUUGCAGUAAAUGAGAUCAACAAGAAUCCUAAGAUCUUGCCCAAUGUCACACUUGGUUUUCACAUCUAUGACAGCUAUUACAAUACAAAGAUGACCUAUCGGACCACUCUGGACCUGCUCGUCAAACUGCAGAGAUUUGUCCCCAACUACAAAUGUGACACUCAGAAAAACCUGGUAGCCAUCAUUGGUGGACUUGGCUUUGAAACCUCCUACCAUAUGGCAGACAUCUUAGAAAUCUACAAAAUUCCACAGCUCCAUGCCUUUCUUCAUGGCAUUUUGUUUAACAACUCAGCAAAGGAAACCAUGUCAUUUAAUGAAAAAAAGGAAAUGGGAGGAGGAUUUGACAUCGUGAAUAUGGUCACCUUCCCUAACAAAAGUUUCCAGACAGUGAAGGUUGGUAGUAUGGAUCCCACUGCUUCUGAAGGAAAUGAACUAUUCAUCAAUGAUGAGAUGAUAGUGUGGCACAGACAUUUUAACCAGGUGCUUCCCGUUUCUGACUGUAAUGAACACUGUCGCUCUGGCACUCAGAAGAAAGGGAAAGAAGGCAAAAAGUUUUGCUGCUAUGAUUGUGAUGCAUGCCCAGAAGGGAAGAUUUCAAAUGAAACUGAUAUGAACAACUGUAUUAAAUGCCAAGAAAAUCAGUAUCCAAACAAGAAUAAACAUGGCUGCAUCCCAAAAGUUAUGAACUUCCUAUCUUACGGUGAACCUUUAGGGAUCAGUUUAAUUUUGGUUGUAGUUUCUUUUUCCCUGAUCACAGCCUUGGUACUAGGUAUUUUUCUGAAGUACAAAGAUACACCCAUAGUCAAAGCCAAUAACCGGGACCUCACUUACACUCUGCUCAUCUCCCUCCUUCUCUGCUUCCUCUCUUGUUUGCUAUUCCUCAGGCAACCAGGCAAACUGACCUGCCUUCUCCGACAACCAACUUUCGGCAUCAUCUUCUCAGUGGCUGUUUCUUGUGUCUUGGCAAAAACCACACUUGUUUCUCUUGCAUUCAGAGCCACAAAGCCUGGAUCUGGGUUAAAGCGAUGGGUUGGGAAAACACUGGCUCAUUUCGUUGUCCUUCCAUGCUCCCUUAUUCAAGCCACCAUUUGUGUCAUCUGGCUGGCAACCACUCCUCCUUUCCCUGACUUUGACAUGCACUCUGUGACUGAAGAAAUCAUUCUGAUAUGUAAUGAAGGCUCAGUCACCAUAUUUUACUGUGUUCUGGGCUACAUGGGUUUGCUGGCCAUUGCCAGUUUCAUUGUGGCCUUCCUGGCCCGCAAGUUACCUGACAGUUUUAAUGAAGCCAAGUUUAUUACAUUCAGCAUGUUGGUGUUUUGCAGUGUGUGGGUUUCCUUUGUCCCUACCUACCUAAGCACAAAAGGCAAAGCCAUGGUGGCUGUGGAGAUCUUCUCCAUCUUGUUUUCCAGUGCUGGGUUGCUGGGCUGCAUCUUUUCACCAAAAUGUUACGUCAUUUUGUUGAGACCGAAACUGAACAGCAGGGAGCACUUAAUAAGGAAAUAG